UAUAAAGAGCAGUCGAUAACAUUAGUUCAAAGUGGUAGCACCUGACUGUGCUUUUAUAAGAACAAUCAAGAGCAUCACAUCUUGUUUGCUUACUGUUGCUUGACGAAAUCAAGAGAGAUACUCGUACAUAUAUGUAUGGCAAUAUGCAUAAGUAGUAGUGUGGCUAAAUGUACAUGUGAAUACUAUAAAGUGAGAAGAGAGAGAGAGAGAGAGAGUGAACACAUUGAGCAUACGCGCAAUAGCAUCCAAAAGAGCAAAAUUGUGACGUUCUUGCCGUUUACUUGUUAGUAUGACAGCAAUAACGUUGCUAAUACGUGAACUUUACGAUCUGUCGGAUGCAUUUUGGCACAACCAAUUUCAUUUCGAACGAAGUUUACGUUACUACCAUACAAAGCGACGGCUACAACUGUUUCAUUUCCACUGUCGAGAACACUGGAUGCGUGAGUAUAAGAAAAACAGAUUGGGAUACGAAUAUAACCAAACAGACAGCAUGCAACAUGCUGGGGACACAAGCAUCGAUUUUGCAGCCAUUGAGGCGAGUACGUGUUAUCAGGCUAUUGGAAAUUUUGACCGUCAGCAACUAAAUGACUUGAAUGACAUCGAAAUCGUUGAUGGCAAGGAAUUCAAUGCGUCUUUUUAUGAAUAUUCUGAUGCACAGCCCAAGUUUCAGACAGAUCAAAUCGGUGAACUUGUCGAAGGCGUUAGUUUCACGUUCACAGGAAAAAUUCCCAUUAACUGCGAGAGGUUUUCCAUUAACUUUGUGUAUAAUAAUGAGGCAAGGGAUAUCGCUCUUCACAUAAAUCCUCGCCUACCGCAAAACUACAUUGUACGCAAUACCAAAGUAUACGACGUAUGGGGUCGUGAGGAAGUUUCUUCGGCAUUACCUUUUUUGCUUCGUCGUGGUGACAAAUUCGCUAUUCAAGUGCUAAUUACAAGCGCUUGCUAUAUGAUAUCGGUAAAUGGGCACCAUUUUGCUGAAUAUGCUCAUCGUCUUCCCUAUGGCAAUGUUAAAAUUCUUGAGGUAAAAGGCGACGUGGAGGAAAUAGGGAUGGAACGUACCAUAGUUCAAAGCUAUCCAAAACGCUUGCCCGAAUCUGCAGCCCGCUCGAUCGAUGCGCAUCUCGAUUCAGAAAAGGAUGAAGUUGAUUGCAAUGUGAAUAAGAAUAUAACAAAUACAAUACCGCAUGAAUGGUGCCUAAUCAACUCUAAACUGUCGGAUAAUUCACCAAAGAACAAUUGCAAUACCUCUGAUCUAGGACUAACUCUUCCAUACUAUGGUACAUUGUUGCCGAAAUCUUUAAAAGAAGGCAGAUGCCUAAAGAUUGAGGGCCGUGUUCGUUUGUUGCCACAUUCGUUUUACAUCAAUUUACAACAAGGUCAAAACAUUUGGCCACAUCCUAUUAUUGCAUUCCAUUUAAAUCCACGGUUCUCGCAAACAAGCAACGGGGCUAUAGGUAAGGCUAUAGUUUGCCGUAACGCUUGGUACAAUGGUGGCUGGGCUCAAGAGGAACGCUCUGAGCUAGAUACCAAUUUAAGACCAGGUCGCACGUUUUGCUUGGCGAUCGUGUGCUCCCACGAUUCUUUUGAGGUCUAUGUCAAUAAUCAGUUUAUUACUGAGUUUAAGUAUCAAAUUAAACCAGAUAUGAUCGAUACGGUUUAUAUACAAGGCGAUGUAAAACUUUGGAAGGUAACUCUCGAGCUCAAUCCCAUAAUCAAAGGCAAAAAUAUACGCAUCUAUCACAAUCCUUUGUACACAGAAGAGAGUUAGC